AUGGCUUUCGACUCGACGAGCGGGUAUGCCGCCGGCGCCCAGGACGAUACGGCUCUCCCCAUCUUCGACGUACAGAAAGUGCAGCUGCGCUUCGACAUCUCCGCCGACUUCGUAGCCGCGCAGGUCGCCAACAACGUUCUCAUCUUAGCUCUCUCGACCGGCCGAAUACUUCGAUUCGACCUUGACAACGCCGAAGAUAUCGACGACAUCGAUCUUCCCAAGCGACCGGCAGAAGUCGGCGUUAUCCGCAAGCUGUUCCUCGACCCGUCUGCAUCCCAUCUCAUCGUAUCUACCACACUUGGCGAGAACUACUACCUCCAUACGCAGUCGCGACAACCGAAAGCUUUGGGGCGUGUAAAAGGCGUACAGAUUGAAAGCAUCGCGUGGAAUCCGUCGCAGCCUACCGCUAGCACCAGGGAGAUCUUGAUUGGCUCCGCGGAUGGGAACAUCUACGAAACGUACAUUGAGCCGAGCACGGAGUUUUACAGGAGCCAGGAGAAGUAUUUCAGGAAUGUAUACAAUCCUCAGGAUGGCCCAAUCGUGGGCUUGUACGCGGAUGUACUUGCGACUCGGCCGGAGACAAGAAGAGUGCUGGUUGCCACGCAGCACAAGUUACUGCAUUUCGUAGGGAGAGUUGGCGGCAGAGGACAUGAAUCGUCAAUAUAUGCGAAGCUUCUGGAAGGCGAGGCUCCAAAUAUGCACGAGAUCGAUAGGACCAGUGCCAACACACCAUCGUCGUUGGCAAUCUCGCCUGAUCCUCCAGAUGUGGCCUCCUCUAUCAGUGACGCUCAGAGUGCCGAGAGAGCGUAUGCCUGGCUAUGUACUGAGGGCGUGUACCAUGGCAAACUCACAACAGCCGCUCCUGAUCUGGUUACUCUAGGCAAGCAAGUAUUCCGCGAAUCGAAGAUGUUCCCAAUGCCAAAAUUCCCCGCCGUCCAGACUUCUGGCGGCAGGACCAGGGCGACACAGCCUCAUCCAUCCGCCAUGAUUCUGACGCAAUUCCAUAUCCUCGCUCUCAUCGAGGGCCGCCUUAUCGGAAUCAAUCGACUCAACGAGAGUAUCGUGUACAAUCAGCAGAUACUGAAAAGUGGCCACACGAGUUUAGGACUUUUCGCUGAUCAUCAGAAGAACACGUAUUGGCUUUUUACCCCCCAGGAGAUCUUCGAGGUUGUGGUUACAGACGAGACAAGAGACGUUUGGAAGAUCCUGUUGAAGCAAGGCCAGUUUGAGGCUGCGCAAACAUAUGCCAAAACGCCUGCUCAGAGGGAUGCUGUGGCAUCUCAGACUGGAGACCAUUUGAUCUCGCAGGGCAAAUUUGCCGAAGCUGCAGUUGUCCUUGGCAAGAGCACGAAGGCGUUCGAGGACGUAGCGCUCAGCUUGAUCGACAAGGGUGAGCACGAUGCGUUGCGGAAGUAUCUGCUGGUGAAGCUGUCGACGUUAAAGAAGAGCAGCACGAUGCAGCGCACUAUGCUUGCAAGCUGGCUAGUCGAGCUCUACAUGGCAAAGCUGAAUCAGAUGGAUGAUACAUUAUCCACACGUGCCGAACUAUCGGCGAAUGGCAACGGUGCGUCGACCGAAACACAGAAGCAGCUUCCUGCUGUUCGUAAGGAAUUCCAAGAUUUCGUCUCGAGACAGAAAUCGGACCUGGACCGAAAGACUACGUACGAGAUCAUCAGCGCACAUGCCAGAGAAGAGGAGUUGCUGUUCUUUGCCAACAUCGUGGAGGACUUUAACUACGUUCUUUCAUACUGGAUCAAUCGUGAAAGAUGGACAGAGGCCAUGAAUGUGCUCAAGAAACAGACAGAUCCUGAUAUGUUUUACAGAUAUAGCACAGUGCUCAUGGCGCACCAGUCGACGGAAGUCGUAGACGUCCUGAUGCGCCAAACCGGAUUGGACACCAAGAAGAUCAUUCCGGCAUUGCUCAACUACAACAAGACCGUCGGCGAGACAGUCCCGCUCAACAACAAUCAAGCGAUCAGAUAUCUCCUGUUCUGCAUAAACCACUCGCAUUCAACAGACGCGGCGGUCCAUAACACAUUAAUCUCGAUGUAUGCUGCGCACCACACUCCAGACGAAAGCGCGCUCCUUUCGUAUCUUCGAACGCAGGAGAUGGCUCACGAUCAAUUCUAUGACGCGGACUUCGCUCUACGCUUGUGUAUUGCUCACAAGCGAGUUCAAUCUGCUGUGCAUGUAUACAGAACCAUGGAGCAGUAUGCAUCUGCCGUUGACCUUGCUUUGAAGUACGACGAAGUGGAACUUGCAGCAUCAGUAGCCGAUAGUCCUGGGAUUGAUGAUGUGCUCCGAAAGAAGCUUUGGCUGAAAGUCGCUAAGAAGGUCAUUGGUCAGAACAAAGGCAUCAAAUCGGCCAUUGAGUUCCUGAGGAGGUGCGAAUUGCUACGAAUUGAGGACUUGAUACCCUUCUUUCCGGACUUUGUCGUCAUCGACGACUUCAAGGAAGAAAUCUGCGCGGCAUUGGAGGAGUACAGCAGGCAGAUUGACAACCUCAAGCACGGAAUGGACGAAUCUGCCACGACUGCUUCCAACAUCAAGCAGGACAUCAAGAAACUUGAUGAGCGAUAUGCGAUCGUGGAACCGGGCGAGAGAUGUUGGAAGUGUAGAUUACCACUUCUGAUGAGACAAUUCUUUGUUUUUCCAUGUCAGCAUGCUUUCCAUGCGGAUUGCUUGGGAGAGAUGGUCAUGGAUAUGGCAGGGAUGGCUAAGGGAAAGAGGAUGAGGGAGUUGAGAGCGGAGAUUGGACGAGGGGUCGCGGUGGGUAGGAAGAGGGAGGGAAUGGUAAAGGAGCUGGAUGGGUUGGUCGCUGGGGCUUGGUGAGUUUCCUGUCUCUUCCUAUCCUGUUGAGGUAUCCCAUCUUGUUUGAGCAUGACGCUGACGAUUGCGGUGCAGUGUGCUUUGCAGUGACAUGGCUGUCAAGCAGAUCGAUGAGCCUUUCAUCACUUCUACGGAUGAUCGGAAUGAAUGGGUCAUCUGA